AGGCAAUUUAUCAGUAUCUCUGGGAACUUGCUACUUUUUGUAAAGUAGUUGAAUUGGAAGGUUAUUUUUCUUCUUUGGAUGUCCGUGUUAGAGGGCACUUUGCUACCAAUACUUUUAAGGACUAGUUAAGUCCCAGUCCAUGUAACUAUUAUUACCUAAGUGGUUUAAAACAAUUUUUUUAAUUGUAUUCUGAUUCUCUCUAGAGAUUUUUUUAGCUAAAAUAGAAUUUACCAAAGAAGCUUCAUCAAUAGAUGAUUUCUCUUUCGAUCCAUAGCUCUGAUUCAAGGCACUUCAUUUGAUUGAGAAUAGUCAUUUAUUCAUUCCAAUCCAAUCAUUUUUUCUGGUCUUGCGUUUGGAAAAUAUAAUUCUUUGUUGUGUUCUACUUUGUCAUAAGAUUUUUGUAUUAUUCUCUUCUUAUUUGGAUCGAUUGUUGUUAUGAUCUUUUGUUCCUACCUGUAUUAAAAUCAGUCAUCCUUCUCUGGUAAGGGAUGACCAUCUCCUGCUUGUUUUUCCAAAGAUUCGUGAUUCUCUGGUACCUAAUUCAAUUGAAUUAUGCGUAUCACAAAAAAAUGUUGGGCUAGACUGCUAGGAUCAUUCGCCCAUUGCCGACUUCCGUCGAGGAUUUUCGUUUCUGGUCAAUGACCACCACGUACAAAGAAGAAGAAUAACCAGUAAUUUGCUCAGCUAGCAAAAAACGAUUCUGACCGAUACCAAAAAAAUCGGCUUCCACCGCGGACCAUCCAGGCCCAUCCGGCCUCCAUACCGGCGUGAAAAGGGAAAAACGACGGGGCCGACGACGAUUAUCACUUUAAAACGUACACUAAACACUCAAAACACUAAAUCCACACCCUGGAAACCGAUAUCAAACUUUUUGGGACGAAUACAAGGGAUUCUGUCGGGAGCGAACGGAGGUUAAACCGCUGCGUGCAAUGCUCCACCACAGAAUCUUACCUGUGUGCAUGAAAUUACUAUUACAUUUCUUCUUUAUGUAAAUUGGCCGUGUCCAAUUGAACAAUUUUAUAAUAGUAUAUUUAUAACUUUGAACUAAGAAGAAAAAGGCACAACCACUCUUCACCCAAAGAAAGAACGUGUACCAAAAAUUAGAAUUAACUAAACAGAGAUGUAUUUUAUGGCUAAACAGGUGCCGCUAAUAAGCGAAUGAUUAUUGCAAACCUCACCAUCGUUUCAUAAUUCGAAAAAGAAAAAAGAAGAAGUAUUCUAUGAUUGUGCUGUGUAUUUAUGAUCCGUUUAUGCAAUUCAAAUUUUUAAAAAAGUUUAAGUUAAAAAUUUUUUAAGAGUUUUUCAAGUUUUGCUCUAGCUGAAUUGAGUUCAUAAUUUAGGUAUGCAAGAUUGUGAAUCCAGUUUAAUUUUCAAGUGGUUUAGACUGCAGGCGUUUUUCAACAAUUUUUUUUUGUAUGCAGUUCACAAAAAAAUAGUCCACAAUUGUCGGCUUUUUAUAUAUCAUCUUUUUAAAGGAAUUAAAUUUGUGUGUCUUGAUUUAAUUCAAUAUGGAAGAGCAAGUGAAAAGUACGAAAUCAUCCUGUCCACAACUAAUAGUUUUAAAUUCUUCAAACGAAAAUUAUAACGUUAGCCCAAAAGAAACAUUUUUGAAAAAUGAACCUCAUAAAAAUAGGACAGCAUUUAAAGAAAACAGUGCUUCUCCGUUCAAAUUGCCAUUGUCUCCUUUGAAAGCUUUGAAGUCACCAUUUAAGGGUAGAACAUCGUUAACGCCAUUGGAUCUGAACACAAGUGUCUUAAUGCCGCGAGAAUCUCUAGGUAUUUUACCAAGUGAUAUACUCUCCAGGGAUUCCUUAGAAGGGGGAUUUCAUAUCAGUGUAAGGGAUGCUUUUGAAGCUGCAAAUGUCAGUGCAAGAGACUCUCUUGGGAUUCUGAAUAUUAGCGAAAUUGAUUUGGGUCCAGUCAAUAUCUUUGACAUAAAAAAUACUUUAGAAGAAUCAAAAGGGAACAUAGAGGAAACUACCAAAGUUUUAAAGAUUCCAAAUUUAAUUUUUGAUCUGGACCAAUCGUUAAAACACAAUGAACAAUUUGCAUUUGGUUUGGAAACAGGUAAUUCAAGCCCCUAUAAUUUGAGUUGUUUCAAUACCGGCUUCUUAUAUCCAAAUUCAAUAAAGCAGCCACUGCUAAGUGCUUCUUCCGGAAGGUCUACAGUUCCAUCAUGUAAUUCAUAUACAUCGGAGGAGAUUUCAAUUAUCCCUCCAUCGGCAAAUUCUUUACAGCAGGAUCCUAGUUUAAUAUUCGAAAUGUUCAAAACUGAUAUCUUCAAUCAAGGUUUUGAAGGUUCAGAAGUCAUGACAAAUCUGGCCUCUACAACUUUUACAUGGCAGACUAACAAAGAAAAGUUUAGUACUAGCUUAGAAAAUGUCAGAAAUAGAAUCCAAUCUCUUCCAGUAACAUUUGAGGAGAAGGUGCUAGCGGAGUUAGGGAAGGAAGGUGGAAACCAAGAGGACUCUGUGUUUUUGGAUCCUAACGAGCCUGGCGAUGAUGCAGUUUUUGAAGACCAUUCAGGUCGACACUUAUUGGAUUCUAUAUCUCAACCGGAUUGGCCAGAUAGUUCAGGAGACUCGAGUAAUAAAGGCAAGGAAAAAUGCAAUGAGGAAACAGUUUCUAAAACCGUCGAUAACAAGCUGGAGGCGCACCUCCUACAAGUGGAAGAUGAACCAAAGAUCAACAGUAACAAGAACGAUGGAAACUUGCCUUUAGAAACAAGCGCCAGUAUAAGUCAAAUUUCGAAAAAUAGUUGCGAUGAUAAUUCGCUAACGCACGGCGUUUCCAACGACAACGACCCUCAAAAUCGAGCUACUCAAACGAGCGCCGAAAGUGCGAUGAAAAUUCUUAUGGAUUUAUCAAAUAUAAUUCAGGAGGACGCAAACUUGUCCACAUCUCAGAAACAAGAGGGACAGCAUGUGAUCGAUAAGUUAUCGGAUAUUUUGUGCCGUUCUCAGAAUAAGACUUGCAGUUUAGAAGAUUCUGGGCGGUCUUCUGGGGAUGAUCACUCCAAUGUUGAAAAUGGACAGGAGCAGCGCUCUCUCCAUGCAAACAAUGAUGAGUCGGUCCAGUCGCGCUCAGUGAAAUCAGUUGGAUCUGACCCAAAAGUAAGCUUGUUAAACAAGAAAGACUCCUCGACCAGGAAUGGUUACGAGACAAAAAUGCCCGUUACCGGUUUGAAAAGGACCAAGACAUCCGUUAGCGGAUCUGUUAGAAACGGUCCGCUCAGGGCGAUAAUACCUGUAGAAGACAUGGCUAAGAUUAACACCGGCAAUUUAACUCGUUCAACGACCCCUAAAAAAGAAAACGUUCCAAGGUCUAAGAGAACGAGUACUCCGAUACAAGAGCCGAAAAUGAAACCGGUGGCCUCCUCCACCCCCACCGCCGACGGUCCGUUUAAGUUCCCAAAGGAUGGCACCGUUUCUCCCACCAUCUCGAGAUCGAAGCCUGCAAAGUCCAAUUUGAAGGACAGUCCUUCAGUAGUUGGGAGGCCCAAGACUAGCUCUGUGGGGUUACCAAGGUUAGUUGCCAAUCGAUCUACUGCCAAAUCCGAGUCAAAACUCUUCAGAAGAAACUCGACAUCUGAUUUGCCCAAAGAAGGUGCUACUUUGAAACGCAGCCAUUCGCUGGGAAAAGAGUCGAAAAUCCAAUUGGCCCUGGGCAAAGUGAGACAAAAUAUUUUGAACUCGCCGUAUUAUGCGCCCAGACAGUCGGCAGUGGCGGCGCAAGCGGCAGGGAAUCAAAACCGAAAACUUGUGGACGUUAAAAGCGUAGCAUCCGGAAGGAAAGUCCCAGCAAUGGUACCGGUUCGUAGGAAUAGCAACAAAGAAAACGGCGAAGCUCUGUAGAUAACGUGCAAUUUCAGAACUGAAAGUAAAAGGUAUUUAUUUAAUCUAAAAUGGCAAUGAAUUUUGCGUGAUAUGCGGUUUAUGGUCUGAGCCAAUUAGCAUUAAACACGGCUUGUGUAUGUGUUCGUGUGUAUUGUGUUGCGAAUUUUCAUUUUUUGACUUAAAUAGUUUUUUCUUGUCAUUGUCUAUAUUGUAUGGCAAGACCAAGCAGAGUAUUUUAUAGAAAUCCAUUCGUAUUGUAGAUCAUGUACUUAGGUGCGAAUAUUGAAAUGUGAUAUAAGCUACAAGCGUUUUAGGAUUGUUAUAAGGAGAUUAAAAA